AUGGCUGUCGAUAUGGAAAUGUUACAUGCACAGCUAUACCGUAUCACUGAGAAGCUUGGCCUGUCGCCGCCUCCACGUCUACAGAGCAUCAAGACAUCUGACCUUCCCGCGCCCAUCUCUGGAGAGUCAAGCGACAGUAGCCACCGGGGUACCCACGCUACCAGUGACAUUGGUCCUUCGUGCGACAACUCACCUGUCCUACUCCCCGAAGAUGACACCGGUCUCCCUCAUGUACCCAUCCACUCGCUGUACCGGUUGACCAAGCUGAGGGCACUGCGGUCACCCCAGGCGGACCCGGGUCGACCAGAUGACAGAGCCGGUGGAGGGGCAGGUAUUUCAAACGGUAGUAUCACAGGUCACACAGACUCUUCAAACGACGCAGUGGACGACCUGGUAUCUCGCGGGCAGCUCGCCCUAGAUGAUGCAGAGCGUCUGUUCCGUAUGUACAUGGAUCAUCUAGACCACUUCAUGUACGGUAUCGGUGGUGCAUACGCUACGCUGGACGCACUACGUCGCGGGAGUCGAUUAUUGGCAGUGAGCAUAUUCACUGUGGCGGCACUCCACAUGACGGACACGGGAGAGUCGCCAACAUCAGCACCACCAGGCUUGUACGGAACUUGCAUGGGCGAACUACGCCAUCUAAUGGCCGCGACACUGUUCCAGCGCCGAAUGGACCACGAUGAUGUGCGGGCAAUGUGUAUCGCCUCGUACUGGCUGUCUGACGUGAGCUGGAACCUCUCCGGGUAUGCCAUCCGACGAGCGGCGGGUCUCAACCUAGCGGGUCAGCAUGUACGUGCCGUUCAGACGGGCGCGCCUGAUGCCGUCGACGCCGUGCGUCUAUGGUACGUACUGUACAUCUGCGAUCAGCACUUGUCGACGCUGUACGGGCGGCAUGCCAUGAUCCGAUACGAUGAUGAUGCUGCCCUGAGCGGGUGGGAGGCCUUCCGUCAAGCGGAAUCGGCUACGGACGAAGACCAGCGCUUGGCCAGCCAAGUAGCUCUGCUGAACAUAAUGCAGCGUAUGCGCGCGGUAGACGACACUCCCGCAACCGUCCUGGCCGUACAUACGACCGGGUUUGGACGACAACUUGACCGUUGGUUGGCCCACUGGUCCGUCGUCGUGCCCGCACGGCAUAAUCAUAUAGGCGGGUUUCCGCGUAACGGCGUCCUGCUGCAUUACCAUUUCGCCACGCUGCAUCUGCACGCGCAGGUGUUCCAGGGAGCUGAUGCCAAGGCGGUGGCGGCGACAACAAUCGCCGGACCGGUACGUGAUUCGGCUGUAGCAGCAGUCACGGCCGCGACGGCCAUCGUCGAGAUGCUUAUUACCAACCCUGAGAUGCGACCCGCCCUCGUCGGCAUGCCAUCCUACAUGCAUGCAAUGACGGGCUACGCCUGUAUGUUCCUGGCACGCCUGGCCACGCAGCCUCAUCUAGACGAUGUGGUACAGACAUCUGUUGUUGUCGGCUUGGUAAAACGGCUGAUUGCGUUGUACAGAUCUGCUCCCGUGGGUCGCUGGCACCUCGUCAAGCUCAUGGGGGACGGUCUAGAUAAAAUUAUUGCCAAAUUGCAGGAUACUGCGGACAAUAGCAAUGUCACGGCUGAAACUCUAGGCAACGCAGGUAUCGAUUUUACCAAGAUGGACCUCGCGGGGUUUGACGCAGCAUUGGAGAGUGAUGCUCUGUUUUAUUCCUUUGAUGAUGACGCCAAUAUCUCGGGUUUAUUCUAG